UUAUUUUUUUUCCGAUUUUUACAUGAAAUUACGCAAUAACAACAGCUAAAAAUGAUCAAAAGACCUUCCAAAGACGAAUCCGAGCGUGAAUUACUUCGAAUGCAACGAGAAUAUCUCGCAGAAAAACGAAAAAAUAAAGAAACUCAACCGGCUGCCAAAUUUGUGCGCCUUAACAAAGACGGAGUUGAAGAACCGAAAGAUACACGUUCAGCCUUCGCUCGUUCUCGUAACAUCAAAAAAUCAUCAGAAAAGACGUCGAAAGUUGUCAUCGGAGACAUUGUAGAACGAAAGGAUCCCUUUAACGAAGACCAAUUCAAGGAUUUUGAUGAAGAUUUGAGCUCAGAAGCAUUUCCAAAGCCAAUUAAAUUGAAUUUAAAUGACUUAAAAGAAGAAAAUUCAGACAAAACGAGUCUUUUUGGGAAGACUCUCAAACUAAAAACGAAAGAAAAUGCCAAGAAAAAUCAAAUUCAUGAGAAAAUCGGGCAGAAAAGUGUCUUGUUACAGGGAAGUGAUGCAGCUGCAAUUCAUCAAGAGAACAUUAAACGCUUGGAAAACCUCUCAGAAGAAGAAAUUAUGAAAGAAAGGGAAGAAUUGCUCAAAAAUAUUGAUCCAAGUUUAAUUGAUUUUUUGAAAUCGAAACGUUCAAACACAAAAAUUGAAGAAAAAUCAUCAGAAAAUGUCAAAAUGGACUUUGACGAGGGUUCUUUGGAAGAAAUUUCCAUCGUCGAUGACCUCACAAAGCACGCAGAAACCCAAAAUUGGUUACAUUUCGACGUUGUAGAGACCGAAAAGCUUCAAUGGACCAAAAAUGUCGAUGAAAAUCUCAAAAAACUCAAGCCGGGGGAGCAUUUUGAGGCACGUUUCGACUGGAAAGGCGUCUUAUUGCCCUAUUCUGACCUCGAAAGUGACAAAGAUGAUCGUGAAUUGUACUUGCAUGGCGAUGAAGCGCAUCGUCCCGGAUAUACUUUGCAAGAAUUAUUCCGUCUUGCACGCGCCAAUGUCUUGCAACAACGAAUUUCUGCGUUAAAUUCCAUCGCGGGCAUUUUAAACAUUUACAAUCAAGGAUUUUACGACGGAAUUCUCGAGUUACCCAUUUCGAAAAUUUUCUUUUUUCUCCGUUUCGCGAUGGAUGAAAACACGCCAGCAAUUGUCGAAGCAGCAUCUCGAGCUUUGGCGUAUCUUUUCUACAACGACACCGACGAAGUGCUUUUAGACACGAUUUUUGAAGCGGCAACGGGAUUGCAUCAACCGGCGAUGGAACGAAAUAAAACUUCGGAAUCAGAUCCGCUCGAAGAUGCCUUUGCUGAAAUGAGUCUCGAAGCAAAACCUUUCACGAGCACGUUGAACGACACCGAAGACGAUUUCGACAAAGAAAAGGAGUCGAUGAACGAUUUUCAUUUAGCGGAAACAGAUUUAAUGGAAUGUCUUUUGAGGACGAACAUUUUGGAGAGAAUUCGUUAUAUUUUGAUGACAAUUAAGCCAGAAGCUCCGACAGUGAAGGCUUGUUUAAAAAUAUUGAUCAGAAUUGCGAGGACAAACAAGGAAAUGGCGACGAAAAUUUUGCGGAUGGAAAAUUUGAUGAAAUUUUUGGUUGAAAAAAUGGAAGAUUCGUUGGUUGUGAAGCUAUUUCGCGUUCUUGGAGCGUACGAUGUGAGCUUUUGUGUCAAGUUGGCAGAGAUUGGGGUCUUGGAAGUUGUUAAAACGUUCAUUUUUAGUCGAAAGGAUAUUAAUACCCGCUUAAUUCAAAUGCAAAUCGAAACAUUCAGAUUUAUUCGUCUCUAUCUGACGUUAAUUCCAGACGAAAAACUAUACACCGAUAUACUUCCUGCCAUACGUUACAUGCUUGAAUGGCACUACCAACAUCUCAUAUUUGAGGAAAACGGUCCAUUUAUCAUCCGACAACAUGCAACAGCGGCACUAAAUCUCCUUUUGUGUGGCGAUGUAACGCAUUGUUACCCGCUUUUCGUGGAUAUUUUCGAAUUGUCGCUCUGCAAAUGGUUCAAUGCUGCAUCGAGAACGGGCUUGAACGAAUUUUCGCAGAAAUUACUACUCGCGACAUGUCUAGAUGUGUGCGGAGAGUUAAUGAGACGCGAACCAAGGCCUUUUAUGACAUUUGUAGAUAAUUAUUUUCGACUUUUCUUGGAAUCUGAAGCUUAUACAAAACUCACAGAAGAACUUCGGGACAAAGCUGCGUUACUUCAAAACCAUCGAGAUCGGUCCAACAUCCUUCCAAGUCUUCCGAAUUUGGGUUCGAUUGUCGUUCGGAGCAGAAAUUCCGUGCCUUCGCUCAUUUUUUCGAAAAAUUAUCCGACAUUUUUGCUCCAUAGCAUCCUGAAUUUUCAACGCAAAUUAUCCGGCGUGUCAGAUACGAGCGCAAAACAGCAACAACUGCUCUCAUUAAUAUUCAAUGAGCAAAUUAAAAGUUUCAUCGGCAAGUUUUUGCAAAUGCGCGCCCCAACGACACACUCAUUAAAUUGGUUUGUGAAAAUUGAAAUUUUGUUGGUGUCCGGCGUUGUAAGUGCAGCGAGAGCAAAUGCAAAUCUAAUUAGCGCGAAAAUUGUCCUGCGAAUGACGUUGCAGCUGCUUACAUGUUUGAGUCAGGAGAUGGCGAUGUCGAUACUGGAGUUGAUGGAUGACGUUGUGUUUUGUCCCGAAUAUUACGAGAAUAAGGUUGAUCUUUGUGGCAAAAGUUUAACAGUUUUUGAAUGGAAAACGCGCAUCUUGAUCUCAUCUUGGCCAUAUCACUUACUCUCCAUAUUCUUAAAUGUACUCGAAGCAGGACCAAAAGCUGAAAAUUUAAACAAAGCCCUUCCUGAAAAAGAAAUAAUCGAAACUGUGAUGAAUUUCACUUCAACACUCGAACGCAGCGACAUUCUUCUCGUAAAUCACACGGAAAUGCUGAUGUAUCUCAUGACAGCGUAUCUCGGGCCAGAUUCCAAAUUUCUUGAACCUGAAAUUAAAACUUUAUUAAUUGAAAAAUCGGAAUAUCUUAAAAAAUUCAAUCCUAAAUUUAAUUUGGAUUUAAAACUCGAAUCCCGUAAAAGCUUCGAAAGUUUGUAUUCCGUGUUUUUAGACACUUUUCAAGGAAGCAGUUAUGGCGACCCUCAUUUUAGUGCCUUGGUAAUGAUCCCGUUAGCCCAAAGUUAUGACAUAAAAUGGCGAAAACGAGUUUGGUCCGAACACAUUGCCGUAUUGAGAUUCGUCACGUGCACCGAAGAAAUGCUUUUUGGCGGCAUAGAAAAUUAUUUGAACCCAGAAGAAACUGACGUGAGUUUGCUGAAAUGUUAUCAUCGAGCAAUUGGGAAUAAUCUGCUGAGAGAAGGAACGGUCCCAUAUAAAAUUGCAGAGCAUCAUUUGAAGAAAUUUAAUGAAAGACGGAAUCAAAAAUAGAAUUUUUUAUCGAAAAAAAUGCAAAAAAAAAAGUAGAUCGUGAAUAAAUUAAUUAAAGACAAAAAAAAUCAAUUCUACAGAGAAAAGAAGAAAAAUAACAAAAAUAUUCAAAUCAGGAACCUGAUUAGUAUUUUGAUGAAAAAAAUGUUCUUUGAUCCGUGAUAAGAGGAAUUGCAGAAAUCUGGUCAUCGCCCGAGGCAAGGAAAGAAAAGUGUCUAAACAAUUUCUAAUAAAACUCGUUUCAAAACGCAAAUUUUCUGGCAUGAACACGUGUCUCACUCACGAAAUAUGAUUUCAACGUCGUUUUCCCUUUGGAAUUGUAUAAAUUACU